AAUCAAAACCAAGAUACUUCUCCAAACGCCAAAUAGUUGCCUUGCGAGGCAGUUGUGUGUUUUGUUUCUCGUCUUUUUGCCACUUUCUUCCUUACUUUCUUCGCUGUGUGCGGUGGUCCGCGGACGGUUUUUGCACGAAAAUGCAAAUACAGGCGAGAUAAGAUAUGACAAGCGCCAGAAAACCCGAGUAAUCAAAUUAAAACGAAUCUAAGACGAAUAACGAACAGCAUUUAAUCGCAGUUUUCCGCAACGUCGGAAAAAGCAACAACAAUAGGAAGCAGCCAGCAGUAGCGACAAAAAAAUUUAACUCAAUUAAAUAGAAACGGAUGGGAAAUGCAAUUGAAAUGCAGAGAACAUAUGAAAAGUGCGGGGAUGAGUGAUGUGUUUUUGUGGAAAUGGAGCGAGUUGUGAGUGCCCCGCUUUUCAUGUCUAGUAUGCGCAGGAAAUUUGCUGACAAUUUGUGAAAGGAAGGGAAACCAUCAUCAACCUGGCGAGGGGCGCGCGUUUUCGGGGAAAAUUCAAUACAAAAACGCGGAAAGCCAAAAAAAAAACAAAAAACUGCACAACACAGAGACAGAGAGAGAGAGAGAGUGAGGAAAAAAUAAUAGUGUUGGCCUACCUGUGCGUGUUUAUGUUUGGGCUACUACUGUGUGUGUGAGUGUGUGAGAAAAGAGAGAGAAAAAAAAAGAUCAUAACAAGAACCACAGCUGACUUCCUGUACUUCCUUCCUCCCACGCUCAUCUUCUUCGACGUUAUAAUGCAAAUAACAGUAAUCACAUCCGCAACAACAAUAACAACGUCUACUUCCAAGGGCCGGCUUCUCAGCAACAAAAGCAACAACCUCUAGUCAACAAAAACAACAACAUAUCCGACAGCCUCUACAACAACAACAACAAAAUAAAUAUCCAAAAAAAUAUUCGAAAAUUUUCAACUAAUCUAGUAACCGAAAAAAAUAAUCUACAAAAAACACUAAAUACGAUAUUAAAUUCUAAGUAAUCUUAAAAAGAAAUCAAGAAGAUACAAUGGAUUGGAUCAUCAACGAUGAGUUGGGCCUGACGGUGGGCCAUUUGGUGGGCGGGGCAGCUGCAUCCGCCAUGGUGAUCGGCGGUGUCAUCCCCUAUGUGCCCCAAUAUAUCGAGAUCAAGAAGACCCAGGAUGCGGAAGGCUUCUCCCUCUACGUCUGCCUGGCCCUGCUGAUUGCGAACUCUCUGAGAAUACUCUUCUGGUUCUCCAGUCGGUAUGAGCUUCCACUGCUGGUGCAGAGUGUCGUAAUGAACGUGACCAUGUUCCUGAUGAUCCAUCUGUGCGUGAAGGUGAAGCGGGUGAACGCCAAUAACCGCGAGCACACCCUGAGAGGUGAUGAACUGCAUUUGCCCAAGGUGAUGACGGACACGGAUACGGGUGCCUCAGUCUCAACGGACACGGGUGGCAGCGUCCUGAAGCGAGUACGUUCCCGGCAUUAUUUAAACGAUCUUGACUUCAAGUACUUCUGGAGCUGGACAGACUUCCAAUCGUAUCUGGACUUUAUGCUGGUCGUGUGGGCCGUCGGAGCUGCCAUAACAUAUCUGAUGUUGUCUGUGCACUGGUUCAUGGAGUCCAUGGGAUUCGUGGCUGUCUUCACGGAGGCCAUGCUGGGGGCGCCGCAAUUCCUGCGCAACUUUAAGAAUAAAUCGACAUAUGGAAUGAGCAUACACAUGGUGAUCAUGUGGACGCUCGGUGAUAUGUUUAAGACUGGUUACUUUAUUGUAAGGCAAGCACCCUCACAGUUCUGGAUCUGUGGCACGCUGCAGGUCAGCUUGGACAUAGCAAUCCUGUCACAGGUGUGGUUCUACCGCAAGAAUUCCAAGCCGCGCGAUCUGCGCCGCGGCGAUUAGCAGUUUGCCCCCGAAGAACAGCCGCAGCACAUUCAUCCCCACGAUCUACAUAUAUCCCAUUCCGAGGAGCACCAGCUCUCAUUGCCGGUGACUGUGAGCAGCAGUGGCGACGAUCAUCUCCUUACCGCCCGAGCGGACGAUGAGCACUUCAAGGUGCUGGACUUUGGCCAGUGCCAUGAUAAUCGCGCCUUCCAGUACCACAACAACAACAAGAUGUUGCCCCGACCCGGUGGCAGUGGCAAGAGCAAGGACGAUAGCAGCAUGGCCGCGGCCCUGGAAGUGGUCAUCGUCCACUCGCCGGCCUCCAAUGAGCAGCGACUGAUUGGAGGGCAGGAUCUAACCGCGAACUGCUGUCGCAGGAAGCGGAACAAUGCCACCCAGACGCGGUUAGAGGGCGGAAGCUGUUGUUGUGUGAUCACCACACACCACCACCACUGCCACUGCAACCACCACCGGCACCAUCAUCAUCAUCAUCAUCACCACAGUCAUAGCCAUAGUCAUUGCAACUACCGAAGCACAAAGCGAAGAGCUCUGCUCCACCAGAAGCGGCACCAGUCCAGCCAGCAGAAUCAUCAUCAUGGCCAGCGGGACACCAAGCAGACAAACCACAACCAAAUGCUUCCAAACAAGUCUUCCUUGGACUCUAGCGAAGAUGGACUGCCACCGCACCACCAGGCCAUUGCCAUUGAGAUCGAUGCUGCCACCAUGAGCGAAGACGGCGAGGACAACAACAGCAGCACGGCCACCUCGAAUUUCCCCUACAAAGUCGCCAGCGAGGGGAUGAAGCCCAUUAUAAUGGCUCCGCUGCGGGAGCAGCAUCAUCACAGAAGGAGUUCCCUCAACUCCAACACCACCAUCGAAACGGAUGAGCUGUCGCACGACGAGGACGACGACGAUGUGCGAAUGGGCUCCCAGCAGCUACCCGAAGAUGAAACUCAUCUCACCCAACCGCCAAACACCAAUAGUUCGAGUAGUUCGACCAAGCGGGGAGCUCCUGCCUCCGCACCGGCUCGCAACGAAUGCGUGAGGAUCAAGCGGAAGCGCUUUAUAGCCGAGGCUGGCCAAGAUUACUGCAGCAGUUGCUCCAGUUCGUGCUCCUGCAGCAGCUUGGAUGAGGAUCAUCAUGAAAUGACCGUUGCGGCGGAGUGCCACCAGUGCAUUUCGGGCUCAAGGCGAGCCAGCUACUGUUCCUGUCACAAUUCCAGCUGCUGCUGUGGCUCCUGUUCCCAAGACGAGGCCGGCGACGAUGAGGAGGAAGCCGAUGAUGAGGAUGACGAAACGACAGGGCAAAGGGAAAGCUUCUGCACAGCAGCAGAUCAUACCAUAACGCCAUCCCAGGAGGGCGAUGAUAUGCACAGCAGCACUUUAACACCUUUGAGCACUCACAGAUCCUCUUUUGUGGAUCAGGAACUGGGCGAUCAUACCAUGAGGAGUGAUAAUAUUGGAGGCGGUAAUCUAACCGAUGCGGAUGCCUCGUCCCUGAGCCAAUCGGCGGAAUAUUUCUCAUUGUCGUCAACAGCUGGGGGCAACACAUCCUUUCCCAUUCAAGACGAGGAGAAGUCGGACAAAAAGGACCAGGAGCUGAAGAAGGUGGAGCAUCCGUCCUGCAAAAACUUGAACCGCAAUCCCCACACGAAACACAAACGCAGCUCAUCGCCGGUGGACAGCUCCUUAUGACGAAGUGUCUCGCUGGUCGCCUGGCCAGCCAUCGAUGUGAACGCCCUGCUCCAGCAGACGAUCAGGAAGUCAGCUGUGCUCCAAGAGACGCCAGUGCGCAGGAGAACCACUGCCAAGACGGGUACGAAAACAGCAGGAAGCAAUGAUUCCUCGACGGCCACGUUAACGCCCAGUGUGGUGACAGUGGCCAAGUUUCCGGGACCGGGAUUAAUGAGUACGGUGACGAGUCUGAACGGAGGCGGUACCACCUACAGCUAUACCACCACCACGGCUGCUCCACUUAAUCCUGCCACCUCCAGCAAGAGGAGCUCCAAAUACUCGCCGAUACCAAAUGCCGAGGCCUAUCAGCACGAUCCUCUCCAGCAGAGCUCCACGGAAAUCAUCUUAUAACUCAUACACACACAUACCUCUAAACCUGAAGCUAUUAUACUGUACUAUCGACACCGUAUAGCAGUAGGAUGGGUCAACCUCAUAUAGGAAUGGAAUAUGCAAAGAAAAAACACCAAUUUUCGUGAGAUAAUCGAAACCAAAAUUCUAAAAGCUGUUCAAUUUGUUGUUAUUCGGGGGUAAUGAACGACGAAUCGGAGUGAGGAGUUUAGGAUUACUCUAUAAAUAUAGUGAAUAAACCAAUGUACAUUAUUUUUCUUAUUUGUUAAAUGCAUCAGAAAGAUUUGUUUGACGUGUAAACUACCUUAUAAUCCGGACUAUAUGAAUUUAGAAAACAAAUUAGUUUCAGCUGGGGAAGGGACCAAGCCGGAGUUGUCAGAGCCCUUUCAACGUUUUCCAUAAAUCCACACUGAAAAAAACAUAUCCACUUUGAGCAAUUUAUCCGCUAAGAAAUCUUCCCUCAGCUUGAACAUGAAUACUUGUUUAGAUUUAAAUUAAUAAAUCGUCAUUGUUUUUUGUAUUUUAGUUGAAUUCAUUUAAUAGUCCUGUAAGUUCAAUCUGUAUAAAUUUUUACCACAACAAAAAAAUCAAAGUUUAAUCUCGAUAUUAUUUUGUAAAAUGCUGUUAGUUUUAUAAUUUCCUAGCAGAAUUUAUUAGCUAAGACCUUAAAAAAAUGGAAACGAUAAUAAACGAAAUGCAAUUAUGAUUAUGA